UUAACGUAAUGAAUCAACUGGAGAAUUACAGUGAUGUCUGUUAGCUCUGUGUCUUCGGCUGUUUUUCGCCUGUGCUGUGUGUUGCUUUAAAUACUGUGUGGAACCCCCUUGGGUUUUGAUUUUCCGGAGAGCAGCAUCACCAAACGAACGAAAAAGUGCUUGCACAGAUUUCAUUUGACAGUUGUUUGAGGACACGAGAAAAAUAAAAGCUUGACAAGCAGAAGAUGAAUUAGUUCGUUAGAUAAGAAAGGUUUAUGAUGCCAGAUGAAAUUCUCUUAUCCAGCUCGGGUGUGCCAAAGGCUGUUUAAUGUAUGACUGCGUUUACAGUACGCAUAAAUGACCCCGCUGACCUGCAUGGAACUAACUAACCCUCAAACGCAGUCUGUCAGCAGAAAAAAGCCAGCUGGAUGAGUGUUCAAAGGUGACAAUGACAAGAAUCCGGCGAGGAGCCGCCUCAGACGCGCGCUGUUUCGGCUGUCAAUAGCAGAAUCGCAGGAGUCACUGGAGACCUGAAGCGAAUCAUCAGCGCGUGGAAAAGUGCCAACUCAUUCUCCGCAACGUGAGCCCGACAGGUGAUAUCCAGUGAGACCUCCGCGCAUCUCUCGCGCAUCUUCGUCCUCCUCACCGAGCUGAACGCACGCGAUCAUGGGGCGCUACAGCGGCAAGACGUGCCGCCUGAUCCUGAUGCUGGUCAUCACCGUCAUCUUCUUCGUGGCGGAGAUCGUGGCGGGGUACAUGGGCAACUCCAUCGCGCUGGUGUCGGACUCGUUCAACAUGCUGUCGGACAUCCUGUCGCUGUGCGUCGGGCUGACGGCGGCGCGGGUGUCGCGGCGCGCGGGCUCGGGGCGCUUCACGUACGGAAUGGGCCGCGCGGAGGUGGUGGGCGCGCUGGCCAACGCCGUGUUCCUCGCCGCGCUCUGCUUCUCCGUGUCCAUGGAGUCGCUGAAGAGGCUCGCCAUGCCGCAGGCCAUCGAUGACCCGCCGCUGGUGCUGAUCGUGGGCUCGCUGGGGCUCGCGGUGAACGUGCUCGGGCUGCUUAUCUUCCAGGACUGCAGCUGCCUGCGCGCGAGGCGGCAGAAAGACGCGUCAGUGCCGCGCAAGGAGGAUGAGGAGGACGCGGCGGAGGAAGAAACAGGCCUGCAGGAGGAGAAGGCUGGGAGCGACGGGCCUCCUCUGAACAUCAGGGGUGUGCUGCUGCACGUGUUGAAUGACGCGCUGGGUUCGGUGGUGGUGGUGGUGGCCUCGGCUCUGUUCUACGUGUGGCCCCUGGCCCCUGAGAGCCCGUGUAACUGGCAGUGUUACGUGGACCCCAGUCUGACGCUGGUCAUGGUGGUCAUCAUCAUGUCCACAGCUGUUCCUCUGGUCAAAGAGACGGCGGGGAUCCUGCUGCAGAUGAGUCCCGUCGACCUGCCGCUCACCGCCAUCUUGGAGGGCGUGUGCAAGCUCCCCGGCGUGGCGAGCGUUCACGAGGCUCACGUCUGGGAGUUAGCUAAAGGACGUAACGUGGCCUCGCUGCACGUCAAGGUGUCUGGUGACCCGCAGGACGUGUGUUGGGACAGACCGGCUCUUCACGCACAGAUCCAGCAGCUGUUCCACCGCGCCGGUGUCCACAGCGUCACGGUUCAGCUGGAGCGCGCUGACGGAGAGCCCGAGCGCUGCGGAGCCCCCUGCGUGUCGCCCGCGUGCCUCAAGCUGUCCUGCUGUCCCACCGGAGCGUCCACCGUGUGCCGCGGAAGCCCUGUCCCUCCCUCAGGAGACGUGACCGUCCACAUGCUGCCUGAGAAAGACACGGAGAACAGAUCAGCCAAAUGCACCAAGUUCUGA